ACCAGUUGUUCACCCUCAUAUGCUCGAGAAUAACUUUCUUUGUGCCGUUUGCUGCUUGGAGGAGGCAGCUGCACUGAAAACUGGCUGUGAGGGAAGCUGGUUUUCAGCUUUCACUGAAUUACAGUGCAGUAAAAACAAAUCCACAUCUGCCCUGUUCACAACAAAUGUGUCUUGUGGUGGAUCACUUCACUUAGGAUAAUUAUAUUAAAUAAUUGUUUUCUACGGUUUUUUAGCUUGCUGCGUGCCCUGCAAUCUAGAGCUGCUGUGUGACAGUCGAAACUCCAACUCUGCCAGGCGUGUGUGUAUUAAACGCAGCGGCCAAUCAGCAGUGCCUGAAACUAAAGGCGAUUUGCCUCAACGCUUUGUAGUGUAAAUAUUCCUGCUAUGAACAAAGGAGGGUGUGUCGUUGGGCUUGUUUCAUUUGUACUUCCAUGUGCUUCCUCAUCUGUGGCCAGUCAGUGAUUCUGUGUAGGUUCUGAAACAGUAGCAAUUGCACUUUGUUGUGAAUUGUGCAUUUGUGCUGUCUUGGGCAUUUUACUGAGCUGGGGUGCUCAGAGGCUUGGUGCUAUUUUAGGCAUUUUUGCUAUGUUCUUUUUAAUAACUGUGCUCUGAAGUGACUUAGUUUUACUCCUUUUAAACUUUUUUUUUUCUGAUUAUAAGUUUUAAGUUAAUUCAGCUGAGAUGCAGUGUAAAAUAAGUAUUUAGUAGAACUGCCUUUUAACCAGCUGUUCCUCUGCCCUCUGAUUAUACAGCACAGAAACCACCAAUUUCAGACUUAAUGUUUUGCCAGCCAGCUAUCUGUGCAACUCUAAAACAUAGUGCUUCUGAAAUCUGCCUGUUUUCUGUGAGGGGCCAUAAUGUUUGGUUUAAAGAAGACAGUAAAUGACACUAAAAUACUGAUUUUGCAACACAGGCUCUCCUUAGACUGUUUUGUCUUUGUGUUUAAGCAGGGCAGUUGCACACUGCUCCUGUGAUUCCUGGUUCUUGGGAACUGGGGGUAUAAAUUCUUAAUGUUAACUCCUUAGUAUCUAACUUAAACAGAUCCUGCAGUAACACACCCAGGCUAGACCUGAAUCUUUAAUUCCCAACUUAAAGGAAAAUCUCUUCUCUGGGUAGAGUCCUAGAAGAAGAGUCACAGAAGUACAAUAUGCUGUCAUUUGCUUGCAAUCUGGCUCCUGCUAACUAUCCUCAAACAGAGCAUUGGGUAAAAAAGAGACCCGGCACCAGCUAUGGAGACAGCUCAAGUGCCAGUAGUCUCACAGCUGCUGGAGGUGGUGCUCCCAGGAGUGAGAGAGCAGAUGUGUGUCACUGGAGGAAACAUGAGGUGGAAUACAAGGGUUAGCUCUUGAGGAAAAGACAAAGAUCAAAGGACAUGUAUACCUCUGAGAAACCUUCUCCAACAAAAUACCUUGCUUCAAGACCUCUCUUGGAUUAUAUACAAAGAAGUUUCCAGUCAUGAGUGCAGAUGCUGAGCAGGAUGCUGCUGUCAAACUUGCCCAGGAACGAGAAGAGAUAGUUGCCAAGUAUGACAGAGGACGUGAGGGUGCUCAGAUUGAACCGUGGGAAGAUGCUGACUACCAUCUUUACAAAGUCACAGACAGAUUUGGGUUUCUACAUCCAGAGGAGCUUCCUGUCCAUGAUGCAGUGAUAGAAAAGCAAAAGAACCUUGAAAUCGAAAGAACUACAAAAUGGCUUAAGAUGCUGAAAAGCUGGGAAAAAUACAAGAAUAGUGAAAAGUUUCAUAGGAGAAUUUACAAAGGGAUCCCACUGCAGUUGAGAGGGCAAGUCUGGUCUUUGUUGCUUGAUGUUCCUAAGAUGAAAGAAGAAAUGAAAGACUUUUAUACUAAAUUGAAGUAUCAAGCACGAGGGUCUUCCCCAGACAUUCGGCAGAUUGACCUCGAUGUGAACCGCACGUACCGAGACAACAUCAUGUUCCGGGACAGAUACGGUGUGAAGCAGCAAUCUUUGUUCCAUAUUUUAGCUGCAUAUUCCAUAUAUAAUACGGAAGUUGGAUACUGUCAGGGAAUGAGCCAGAUCACAGCUUUGCUCCUGAUGUUCAUGAAUGAAGAAGAUGCCUUCUGGGCCUUGGUGAAACUUCUGUCGGGUCCAAAGCACGCCAUGCAUGGUUUUUUUAUUCCUGGCUUUCCAAAACUGAUGAGGUUUCAGGAACAUCAUGACAAAAUACUGAAGAAAUUUUUGUCCAAACUUAAGCAGCAUUUGGACUCCCAGGAUAUGCCCACCAGCUUUUACACAACCAAGUGGUUUUUUCAGUGUUUUCUUGAUCGUACUCCCUUUACAUUAAGCCUCAGGAUAUGGGAUAUCUACAUACUUGAAGGAGAGAGGAUUCUCACUGCUAUGUCUUACACAAUUCUGAAACUGCACAGAAAGCAUCUGAUGAAAUUACAAAUGGAAGAGCUUGUAGAAUUUCUGCAGGAGUCUUUAGCCAAGGAUUUCUUCUAUGAAGACGACUUUGUAAUAGAGCAGCUCCAAAAUUCUAUAACAGAAUUGAAACGAGCAAAGCUGGAUUUACCAGUAGCUGGUAAAGAAGAUGAAUUUCCAAAGAAGCCACUGGGGCAGAUUCCAUCAGGACCUCUGCCUUCUGUGCUUAACUCCACUCCAAUGCUUAAUGGACAGAACAGUACUGGUACACAAGCAGCAAGACAAAGGACAGAGAGAAGACCAUCCACAGAAGAAGAACCAGAAAGUUCACCAAAUGACCGAAAAAGAAUGAAUUCUGUGGAAAAGAAACCUUCAUUAAAACAGCAAAAGAUUCGACCAGUAGAGACACAAAACAGUUUGCCUAAGAAUGAGGUGGACACCAGAAAAAAGCCUCAGCCAGCAGAGCAAGACAACUCAAGUCUAUACAAUAAUGCAGCUGCUAAUCAGAAUUCUAAUGCUACUUCCAAUACAAGAAGGGAAUUUGUACCUAAGUGGAAUAAACCGUCUGAUAUCAAAAUAAUGGAAAAGACAAUGAAACUCACUGCAGAGGUGAAAGGGAGGCCAGUAAACCAUUCUGGUUUGGGCCCACCACCAAGUCCUGGAGAAAUGCAGCCUUUGAAUGUAAAGCAAAAGGUGAGGGUUUUGGAUGCUGAUGAAGGUAAGCGAGGGUCUAAUGCUUCUCAGUAUGACAAUGUUUCAGAGGAUGAAACUGAGGACGAGAAUGUUGUUGAAGAGAUGCUUGAGAGAGCUCAUCCACAAAGUCCUAGGCAUGUAGCAUUUUCUAACAGUCCAAGAAAGCAAACAGAAAAAAUACCAGCUCCAUUAAAAAUACCCAAUAACUACACCUUCACUUCACAACCCAGAUCUCCAAAAUAUGCAUCUCAGUCUGAUGGUCCAUCUCAUGGAAUGAAUGUAAAGCAGCCACUGCCAGGUUAUAGUAAUCCCCCUACUUACUAUGGGAAUUCUCCAAAGCAUGUUUCCAGUAUAGGCAAUGCAAGUUCUGCAGCUCUGCAUUACCACGGGAAUCGACCCAGCCCCUCUGGAAGGCCAUACGCUCCUUUGAUGGCGGUAGAUUAUGCCCCAAAUAAACUGCAAAUUAAUUCCUACCCUGCCAGUCGCCAAAAUGCUCUUCCACCAGCCCCUGCUCAGACAGAAGUCGCUCCUGUUGAUGCAUACACCAGCAACUCGAGGUCCUCCCCAGGUGUCAAGUUCAUAAUCCCUCCAGCAGAUUAUUUACCAGAGGAGAGAAAGUGGCCGGACGCCGCCUACGUCUACAGACACGAGCCCUACAGGCAGCCCUGGAGCCAGGACCUCAACAAAGGCCACCUGGAUAACUUCCAGAAGUACCAGCAUUUUCAGCCAACACCUUUACAAGAGCGCAGUCUUCCUGCUGUUUCUGUGGAUAGUCCAGUGAGAUACAGGACUUCCCCAGCCUUGGAAGAGAAUGGUUCCCCACAGUACCAAUAUGCAAACCCAUCAGCUCAAGCCCAGCACUACCGGAACAGAACUGAUGGAUUGUCUGUGCACGAGUCUGUGCUUCUCUGAGAAUCUGGCUGUGCUUAGUAAAAUGGCAAGAACCAAAACCAGUUGAACAGUACUGUGUUAGUAGUAGUCCUCCUCAGUUCUCUGAAAUGUGGAUGGCUCGUGUGAGUUCAAAAAUAACGACACUAUUUCAGAGAUGUUUCAGACUUUGGUUGAAAGCUGGUGGAGUUCUUGGACUUGCAUGGAAGCUACUGGAAGUGAUCUAAUGCACAUAGACAUAGCAAUAAGCUCAUAUACAUCACGUGGUUCAUGCUGUCGUCGCUCCUUACAUUUUAAAUAACUCGUGUUACAAUCCUUCUGCCUAAAACCUGUAACACACUGAAAAGUUCUGACUGACAUUGUUAAUGCACUGUACAGAUGUGUGCGUGUGUGCGCCUGUGUGAGUGUGCACUUACAGUACACAAACUCAUAUGGAAAAGAGCUAAAGAGUUUAAAUUUAAAUGCAUUUAACUUUGGGCAAAGCUUGUGAAGUACUUUUAUUUCAUAUUAAUUUUUCUUUGUAAUUUAUUUGAGAAGCCAUUCAUUUUGAAUGGGAAUUUCUGUCAUUUUUAUACAGCUGCCUCAGCAUCCCAGUAUCUGUUCUGGGCAGGAGAGAUGCUUUGGGAUUAUUAAUUUAAUCAUAUGUGAGAGUUAAUUUCCUCUCCUUUGACUACUGUUUGUCAUUUUCCUCAGCAGGAAGGAGCAGGCAGGAAAAAUCAGAUAGCCAAAAAUGUCUCUCUGAUCUGGCUAAGAAAUGGUGCUUAAAUUCAGGGCAGUGUUUAGGAGUUUUUUAAGUGCAUCAGAAAUGGAGAAUUUGUACCUUCUAACCCAAAUCCACUUUCAGAAUGUCGUUCUAUAUGCAAAAGCCUGGAGCACAGUGAGGCUAAUGCCAGAUACAGAAAUGGUGCUGCACCCUUCACUUUUUGCCAUGCUGUGCUGUCAGACUCAAACUGGUUGCAGGGCCAAAUCUCACAGGUAUCAGAGGAUUGCACAGCUCCUUGACACCUCUGUGAAGUGCACGCAGGAGUUUGAGCUUUGCUCCAAGCUUGACAUUCCCUGAGCUGUGUGAGUAUGCAGUGUCGCUUGUCGAGAGGAUUUUGUUGUGUUUUGCCCUUUUUCCCCCAAAUUGCUGGUGGGCUCCUGUCUGUGGUGGGGCUUGUGCUGCUGUGCUCGCACUGCACGGUGUUCUACACUAAAAUGACCCUGACUGUGGUUAACAGGAACCUUAAACUCCUGCUGAUGUAAGUAAUUCUAAUUAGUCUUUGCAGCCUUUUCUACUUCAUGCUUCCCUUUCUGUUUUGACUGUGAAUUGGGGGUGGGAUUAAAAGCAGGUGAAGAGGCAGAUGUAGGAUGGAGCUGCAGGACACACCGACCUCUCCCCAGGAGCUGAGGCAGAGGAGGGUCUCACCAGGAGAGGCCCUUGGAGUGCUGAACAGAACUAAACAUUGGUAUCAACACCAGUUUGGAAGGUUGUCCUGUUCCCUUUUGUUUUGUAAGGUUUAUUAACUGAAAACAUAGAAAUGGAUAUUAUUUUUUUUUCUCCUUUAAAGAAUGAGCUUUAGUGCCUAAUAUUGCUGCAGGUUGGCUCUGUAAGUUUUAAGGUACAGAAGUAAAACAAUUUUUACAAAUGGAAGUAACAUUUACUUAGUAUGUUUCAAAACAUUUUUUUUUUGUGUAUAUAACGUGUCUGAUGUAAUUUUUAAUAACUGGGCAAUUUUAUAUUUUAAAAAUUGCAAACUGCAGCGAAGUAACUGUAGCCAAGCACUACACUGAAAUCUUGAACUAAAAUUGUGAAGAUAAAUAUGACUUGGGCUUACUUUAGUUCUGAUUGCUUACAGCAGCUUAGAAAUGUAUGUAUAUAAUAUUGUGGCUAAAUGUAAUAAUCUCGGUGUUUAAUGAUGAUUCUGUAAUUCAUAACGAAGCUGUACAAUUUAUUUGUGCAAACAACUUGAGGCUCCAAAAUAUGUAUCAGCAUUAGUAAAUACUGUAGAUUUUUAUAUAUAAAAUAUAUACACACUAUUUUCUUAUUUCAUCUGCAACAGUUUUAUAACUGUGUACCCUAUUUUGAUGUGACUGUAUUUUUAACAUGUUAAAAUAAUAAUAAUUAAGCUUA